UCUUAUUUUUCUUUAAUAAGGCUGUUAAAAUGGAUCAUUUGGGCCUCAUUGAUGGCAUUCUUCGUGGAGAUACAAUUUGGUAGUGUGUUUCUCAUUAUAUCCAUGUUCUAUUUGGUUAUUACAAAUACUUCUACCAACGGUAGAAAGGGUGGUAAACUUAGCCCUUAUUCCGUCUUUAACCCUGACUGUAAAGUCAUUGAUGGA